ACCGUCGAUGGGGCUUUAAAGGUCAAUGGCCCGAGGCAGUCGAGCGAUGAUCGACGCGCCCGCCACCUGCAGGCCGAUCCGCAAGUUGACAUGCAAAACAAAACAAAAAGCUCCAAAACUGCAAUGAAAUUCGCAACAACUAUGGCCUCUGCGGCUCUGCAACUGGGAAUUCUGUGUUAAAUAAUGGACGAUAAUGGUGACAGGGAGGCCAAAUACUCUCGAAGAAGGGUCGAGGAGGCGCAGAGUUUGUGGCUGAAGCAGGAGAGGACCGCUUUGUACAAGAAGGUCACGGCGAUUCUGCAAAAAGAUGAGACGGAAAGGACGCAGGACGAAAAGGACGUUCUUCUGGGCUGCGACGAAGUUGCCCAGGAGGUGUCAAAAAGGCUUAAGAGACAGCAGCAGCUGAAGUCUCGGAUAGAGGAGGUUGAAGAUCCACCAUCGGCCCUUGAGGAGAAAUGCCGCCUUUUGGCAGGAGCGAUUGCAAAGUCUCGAAAUUUGGUCGUGUACAGUGGAGCUGGAAUCAGCACGGCAGCUCGCAUUCCUGACUACCGAGGUCCGAAUGGGGUGUGGACUCUUCUGCAGCAGGGCAAGGACGUCGGUUCACACGACCUCAGUCUGGCAGAGCCGACGCAGACACACAUGGCACUGAGUCAGCUGUAUCACUGCGGCAGGCUCAAGCACGUCGUUUCUCAAAAUUGUGAUGGACUGCAUCUGCGGUCAGGACUGCCAAAGAAAGCGCUCUCCGAAGUUCACGGAAAUAUGUACUUAGAGGUCUGCCGAUCCUGCAAGCCCCCUCGGGAAUACCUCAGGCUGUUUGACGUUACGGAGCGGACGGCCCGGUUCAACCACAAGACCGGUCGACUCUGCCACAUGUGCGGGGAGCCCCUUCAAGACACGAUCGUCCACUUUGGUGAAAGAGGCUCUCUGCAAUGGCCCCUCAACUGGCACGCGACCACCAAUGCUGCCAGAACGGCCGACGUCAUUCUUUGCCUCGGCUCGAGCUUAAAAGUGUUGAAGAAGUAUCCGUGGUUGUGGUGCUUGGACAUGCCUGUCAAGAAAAGGCCUCUCCUCUACAUCGUCAAUCUGCAGUGGACGCCAAAGGACGACCAGGCCACUCUCAAAAUUAAUGGCCGAUGUGAUGAAGUGUUCCUGAAAGUGAUGUCACACCUGAAGAUCCCCAUUCCCGAGUACAACCGACUCUUGGACCCCAUCUUCACUCACGCCACCCAUUUGCACCCUUCCGAGUUGCGCACCACCAGCCGUCCCUUCUUGCAAGGAGCAGAGCCGGUGAAGACAGAAGUGAAAGAAUCUCUGCCCGCAGUCAAAGAGGAAUCGCCAGCCGCCUCAGAUCUCAAUCCCAGACUAGAUUUUGCUGUGCAUCAGGGUCAGUUUGUGCAGCGGGAACACAAUUAUUGUGUGGACGAUGACAAGAAGUUUGAGUGUCACUUUUGUUGGAUCAAUUUUUCCUCGGCCGAAUGCUUCUUUUAUCCAAGUCGUCAGUUGACGGAAAAAGCAAUUUUGAGCGAUUUGAGUUCCGAAGAAGAAGAAAAUUCGGAUGAAGGUCCCUCCAACACGAAGAAGUGUGCAAACCCUGGUUGGUUUGGCAAAGGGUAUAGGAAAACUUGUAAAAACAAAAGGAAGAAAGUUUGAACACCAAUGCGGAACAGCUUAAUAAAGCGCCGUUAUUUUUUGCUAUUUAUUUAAUAUACGCCAACAAGUAUUGAUGUACAUUCCAUUUUUUUAACGAUGCUAUAAAGAAGCAUUUUUUUGGUAGCUUUUCAAAAUCAGGCAGUGCUAAACCAAUUUUUAUUAUAAUAUAUGUUUUCACAAAUUUUGGGUCACAACUAGUAUUAAUAGAGUGCUUUGUAAUAGGUCAAAUCAAUAAUAAUAUAAUUAAUUAUGUAUUCAUUCAGCUGUGCAGUAACGCGUACCUGUUGAUUUGGAUUUCCAUUUCAGCUCCAUAAUAGUAAUAAUUACUUGGGUGAUGCAUGAAUUAUAUCAAUUAUAUACUUUGCUCAACUAAAUGUUAUCCGGCUUCAUUGAUUCUUCCUUUGCAGUAUAAUUACUCCGUAAGUAAAAUCCACCCAUGCUCUGUUCAUGAUACUCAGGCUAAGCAAUUGUCGUUACUUAAUAAGCAGAUAUAUAUGUAUUUUGAUUGUGUUGAGAAUUCUGAGUUUAUCUGUCUUUGUGAGAAAAAGGGUUGCUUGUUGCCGUGAUUUGAUGUACAGUAUUAUCUGUCUGUGUUCUCUUUUGCAUACCGAAUAAACAUCUGAAAAUUUUCUACGGAAGAUAUACCUAAUAUAA